AUGAAGAAAACCUCCAUUCCCGAUAUCUGCCGGACCAUCAAAUCCUCCUUGAUCGGCCUGCAGUUGUUUGCAAUAAGUUUGGUGUCAUCAUCCUCUGGUAUCUCCCCUGGAGCUAUCGAUAUAGACAUACAGAAUGAGAUGGCAGCGGCAGACUGCAAAUAUGUCGGCCCUGCUGGCUACAAGUGUCACGUGGUGCAGAGACCGGCGGUAAAUGGAGGACCCACGAAUCCAACUGAGCCCAGGGCAGCAGAAAAGAAAUUGGAUGAAAUGGGUGCUCGCCUCAGAGAGUGGGCAUCCGUAUUUACAGCUGUCGCCGUUUCCCGUCCCCAAUGGUUCAAUGUCAUGACUAGCAUCGGCAAUUAUGGAGCGGCAAGGAUGAAGAUGCCGAAUAUAGGGAUUGAAAUUGUCUAUGGUCCAGGCGCCAUGGCUGUUGGUUUAGGGAGAAUUAUCAGGCAUGGGGUGGAUAUGGACACCGGCCGAAUAGCCUGGGUGUGGUAUAUGAGGGAUGAUGUACAUGAGUUUGUAGAUAUGCCCCGAGCUGACUACUCACGGUACAACUCAAUAGUCAGCGGCACCGAAAUCAGGACUUGA